GUAACAAAUACUUGCCAAGAGGAUGAUUGGUUUUUGAUGGAAGGUCUGACUGCAACACCCAUAUUUCUCAUUGCCUGCUUGCCCUGAAUGUCUUAAAUAAAAGAACAAUAGUGCGUAACCUCUGAGGCUCCACCUGGCUCUUGAGGAUAUUCGGCUCUGGAGGAAGCCAGCCACACUAUCAUGAGGACACUCCAGCAGUCCUUGGAGAGCUGAUGCAGAAAGGAACUGAGGCUUCUGACCGGUAGCCACCCAACUUGCUGGCCAGCUACUUCUCCUGCAAUCAUUCCUUAGAGGAGAUGUGCUGGAAGACUUUUGAGCCUGUAUUCUUUUAUCCAGCACCCUGCAGGAGCUGCCCCAGCUUCAUGUAACAUGACCAAACACCAGUACCACCCCAUUGAUCAAAUAGGACUUUUCCAAGCAGACAAAAUAAAGUAAUAUUGAAGGAUGUUUGUUCCAAGAUCUCUGAAAAUCAAGAGGAAUGCUAACGAGGAUGGCAAAAGUUGCACGGCCAAGAAAACCAAACCAGAGGCGGAAGACCUUCAGCUGGAUGAAGGCAGAGAUGAUCCAGCUGAUGCGCUGGUUCCCGGGGCAGCCAGGACAGCAGACAGGUGCAGCGCGGAGCCGUGCCCUUUCCCCAGCACAGCCAGCCAGUGGGCUCACGUUGGUUUGGUUGGACCUGAGCAGGAUUCAAAGGGUAGUGAUCUUUCCGAAGAGCCUGUUAAGUCCUUUUCCAAAACACAGCGCUGGGCAGAACCCGGAGAACCUGUCUGUGUUGUUUGUGGUCGUUAUGGAGAGUACAUCUGUGAUAAGACCGAUGAAGACGUGUGCAGUUUGGAGUGUAAAGCAAAACAUCUUCUGCAAGUAAAGGAAAAGGAGGAGAGGUUGAAACUCAGUGCCCCACACAAAGCUAAUUCUGAGCCAGAGUCUCCACUGAACACUUUGUAUGUCUAUAAAGAGCACCCCUUUAUUCUGAACCUUCAGGAAGACCAGAUUGAAAACCUUAAACGGCAGCUAGGAAUUGUAGUUCAAGGGCAAGAUGUCACCAGACCCAUCAUUGACUUUGAGCAUUGUGGUUUCCCUGAGGCCUUGAAUCACAACCUGAAGACGUCGGGCUAUGAAGUCCCAACCCCCAUCCAGAUGCAGAUGAUUCCUGUGGGACUUCUGGGAAGAGACGUUCUGGCCAGUGCUGAUACCGGCUCAGGAAAAACAGCCGCUUUUCUUCUUCCUGUUAUCACCCGAGCCUUAUGCGAGAGCAAGACUCCGUCUGCACUGAUUCUUACACCAACAAGAGAGCUAGCCAUUCAGAUAGAGAACCAAGCUAAAGAACUGAUGAGUGGCCUGCCUCGCAUGAAAACCGUGCUCCUGGUGGGGGGCUUACCCUUACCCCCACAGCUGUACCGUUUGCGACAACACGUGAAGGUUAUCAUAGCGACUCCUGGGCGACUUCUGGAUAUAAUAAAACAGAGCUCUGUGGAACUCUGCGGUAUAAAAAUUGUAGUAGUAGAUGAAGCUGAUACCAUGUUAAAGAUGGGCUUUCAACAGCAAGUGCUUGACAUUUUGGAACACGUUCCUAAUGAUAGUCAGACCAUUUUGGUUUCAGCUACAAUUCCAACUAGCAUAGAACAACUAGCAAGUCAGCUUCUGCAUAAUCCUGUGAGAAUUAUCACCGGGGAAAAGAACCUGCCCUGUUCCAGUGUGCGCCAGAUUAUUUUGUGGGUGGAAGAACCAGCCAAAAAGAAAAAAUUAUUUGAAAUCUUAAAUGAUAAAAAACUCUUCAAGCCUCCAGUGUUAGUGUUUGUGGACUGCAAGCUGGGAGCAGAUCUGUUGAGUGAGGCAGUGCAGAAAAUCACAGGUCUGAAAAGUGUAUCUAUACAUUCGGAGAAAUCACAAACAGAAAGGAAAAACAUAUUGAAGGGAUUACUUGAAGGAGACUACGAAGUUGUGGUGAGCACUGGAGUCCUGGGACGAGGCCUAGACUUGAUCAGUGUCCGGCUGGUUGUCAAUUUUGAUAUGCCUUCAAGCAUGGAUGAGUACGUGCAUCAGGUUGGAAGAGUGGGGAGAUUAGGCCAAAAUGGGACAGCAAUUACGUUCAUCAAUAACAAUUCAAAAAGACUCUUCUGGGAUAUUGCAAAAAGAGUGAAACCCACAGGAUCCAUUCUUCCCCCACAGUUAUUAAAUUCUCCCUACCUUCAUGACCAGAAAAGAAAGGAACAACAGAAAGAUAAACAGACACAGAAUGAUCUGGUUACAGGAGCUAAUCUUAUGGACAUCAUUAGAAAACAUGAUAAAAACAAAGCCUCAAUUUUUCCUCAAUAAUAUUCUUCGAGCUGCUGUCAGAACCAGGAACCUGCACAGUGAGGAAUCAGACUCAGAAUGGUGAUGCUUUUGUUUAGUGUCCCCAGUGCACUGUGAGCACAUUGGCACUUGGAUUAUUGUUGAAUCUAUUAAGGUUAGGAAGAAAGUGAAGAAUGGAAACCGGAAAAAAUGGUCGGUGCUUCUUUUCAAAGAUAACUGUGAAAUAUUUUAUUCUGAUUGUUUUCCCUUCAUCUUGGUAAAUAUAAGUUUGCAUUAUAUUUACUGGGGGCUGCUUAUCAAAAUCACCCAAGUCAUGUUAAUAUUGCUACUUGUCGUUUUAUGUUAAUUUCCACUUGCUAACUCAAUUAAUAUUAAAUACUUAGAAGAAAGGAUAGAUGUUUUGCUUUGAUACAUCAGUACUUUCAUUUCUUUGAAAACUUGGUAUCAGUUUACUUGCAGGAUUUAGAUAGGGUGUUACAUAAACGUUGGCACUUAAGCUUUGUAUCCUAAACAUCCUCCUCAAAGGGAUGUGGCGAGAUUUAUCCAACUAACUAGAGUCCCUAUAUAGGUAGUUUCUUAAUGUCUCCACCCAAAGGAAAGCACUGAAGAAUUUCCCUAAUGAAUAUGAACUCUCAAGACUCUGGCUCUCUCCACCCUGCUUUUAUGUUUGCUAACUGUUUAGCCAGCCAUUAAGGUCCCAGAGCGUGGCAGCAGAGGUGCAUUGAAGUAAGCAUUCGCACGAUGCUCAACAUGUAAAAGAGGCCUUAAAAGUGU